AUGGCUGACGUCGACAUGACUGAUGCCCCCCCAGUGGCCAAGAAGAAGGGCAGUGAUGGCGAGGGCAAGAAGCGUUUCGAGGUCAAAAAGUGGAAUGCGGUCGCGCUCUGGGCAUGGGACAUCGUCGUCGACAACUGUGCCAUCUGCCGCAACCACAUCAUGGAUCUCUGCAUCGAGUGCCAGGCAAACCAGGCUUCCGCUACUAGCGAAGAGUGUACUGUCGCUUGGGGCAUCUGCAACCACGCCUUCCAUUUCCAUUGCAUCUCUCGCUGGUUGAAAACCCGUCAAGUGUGCCCUCUUGACAACAGGGACUGGGAAUUCCAAAAGUAUGGCCGGUAA